GCGUCUGCUAUAGGCAAUUCGCCGGAAGAUGUGGUAAAGACUCAUCACUGUCGUGUUAAGUCAUCCAUAUUGCGCAAUCCCUCGUUCGAACUUUGCAUAUCUUCUCUGCCCGGGCCUGCCUUAGACCAACCCGUUUCCUGCACACUGUAUAAGCUCGACCCACACAAGACCUCUAAAGACUGUCGCUCUAGCUUGAAUACACACGCUCCUUAGCUAGCAUGGCUGAACAUUCCCAGGAAAAGUUCCAAGCUACGAAAAUCUCUGCUGCUGCAGACGUCAACUCUGUUCAUGCUUCAGAGACCUCAGACAAUGUAUCUCCAAUCGCAAAACCUGGCUACCAAGUCCGAAGAGAUUUGAAGGGCCGUCAUGUCCAAAUGCUUGCUCUAGGCGGAACGAUCGGUACAGGUCUUUUCAUCGGAUCUGGGACUGCUCUACAAAAUGGCGGGCCACUGGGCUGUCUGCUCGGCUACUUCAUCGUCGCCCUGGUCGUUUACUGCGUCAUCAUCUCCCUCUGUGAAAUGACCACCCUUUUCCCAGUAUCUGGUGCCUUUACUCACUACGCAGCGCGGUUCGUCGACCCUGCUCUUGGCUUCAGUCAAGGCUUUAAUUAUUGGUGGUGCUGGGCUGUUGCACAAGGACUUGAGGUCGUCGCUGCCGGAAUCAUCGUCAGCUAUUGGGAUACGAAAACACCCAUUGUUGUCUACAUCACAGUCUUUUACAUCCUUAUGCUCAGCGUCAAUCUUUUGGGCACGCGCUGGUUUGGUGAAUCAGAGUUCAUCUUGUCGGGCAUCAAGGUCAUUGCCCUGCUUGGCCUGAUCACUCUCGGUAUAGUCCUCAUUCUUGGCGGAGGACCGACCAAGGAUCGUAUUGGCUUUCGAUACUGGGAACAAGGGCUCUUUGCGCAGUACAACAAUAUCCCCGGCUCACUCGGUCGUUUCUUGGCAUUUUGGUCCACCUUCAUCAAUGGUGCCUUCAGCUUCUCAGGAUCAGAGCUCGUGAGUGUUACUGCCGGUGAAGCCCAGAAUCCUCGCAAGAACAUCCCCAAGGCGCUCAAGCGAGUCUUGUUCAGACUUGUCUUUCUCUACAUCGGGUCCAUCUUUGUGAUUAGCAUGCUUGUGCCCUACAAGAGCCCACAGUUGGCUGCAGCAAGUCACGAAGCAGCCACUGCCGCUGCAUCGCCCUUUGUCAUCUUCAUCAACAACGCCAAGAUACCAGUACUGCCGCAUAUCAUCAAUGCAGUCAUUCUGGUAGCAGUCCUCUCUGCAGCAAACAGCGACUUGUAUGCUGCAAGUCGAACACUUUACGCAUUAGCCCUCCAGUCCCCAGCCAUGACGCCUCGCUUCCUUACAAAAGUCACCAAGCGCGGCCUCCCUAUCAAUUGCGUGCUUGUCACUGCAAGCGUCGGGCUCCUCGCAUAUCUCAACCUUUCUGCGAGUGCAACUGUGGUCUUCAACUGGCUUGUCAGCUUGAGUACAGUGGCAGUCUUGCUCACUUGGUGUUUCAUCUGCGUCUCUUACUUGCGCUUCUUUUACGCAUGCAAAGCACAAGGCCUAGACAGGAAUACAUUGCCAUACAAGGCACCCUUCCAGCCAUACGCAGCUUGGAUAGGUAUGAUUGUUACAUCUGUCAUCACUCUCUUCAAUGGCUUCUGGGUCUUCCUGAGCGGCAACUGGAGCGCAACCAACUUCAUCACCUCCUACAUCGGUAUUGUCAUUUUUGCAGCCUUGUACUUGGGCUACAAGUUGUGGCGUAAGACGAGCAUCAUUCCCUUGAACAAAGUGGAUCUGGUCACGGGGCGCAUGGACCUUGAUAUCCAGCUUAGGCCAGAACCAGAGAAGAAGUCUAUUUGGAAGCGCGCAUACGACGCCGUUUUAUGAUAAUAAUUUUAUAGCAUAUAGCAUUGCAUCAAUCUCGAGC